AUGCAUAUGGUUGACACUGAAGAUGGCGACAUUCUGGUGCUGACCGAUUUAGUUCGCGAAGAGUCCGGACUCAGUCAAAACUCUCAGGUAGUCCUGUCGAAGUCAUUUGACGCGAAUUUGUUCCAGCGAGGUCGGUCGGAAACGGAAACGCCAACAUUCUCGAGUCUAAGGCGUCUUUCACCAUGUCGUCCGUCAGCUAUCGAUAUUGAGACGUUGGAAGAAAUAGAAGACAGAAUCGCCCUUGGGCAAAUACCCCCGUUAUCGAAUACUGUGCAUUUCAGGUCGAGACUUUCUCUGAUUCCUGAACAUGUUCCCUCAACAGUGGAAGAGGGCGAAGAGCCAAGCGAGUCUAGCCACGCUCUUUCUAUGGAGGAGAACACCGACAGUCCAAUAACAACGAGGCGGAGUCGCCUACAGAAUGUCUUCAGCAGUUUGCUCAACAGGCGCAGGUCCUCAAAGGAUACACUAAGUCCAUCUUCAGAACGGCCGCCAUCGUCUUGA